UCCUUCCACCAGUGGGCAGAUAGAAAAACAAUCUUAGCUUUGCAGCAGAGCUACGAUUGUGUCCGGUGGCGGCUACAGAUGAAACUACCGGGUCAGAGUUAUCAGACGUAAUUUAACCAACUUAUUUUAAAUGUUGUUCGGGUGAACCGGUUGUGGAAGUUGCGGUUGCGACUUGCGGGGCGCUAACUUGUGGGAUUAGUUUGCAUGCAGCCCGACAGCGGAGGCGGACUGCGGUGGGAUGGGCUGUGAGGUGUUCAAGAUGGCGGCGCCCUGUGGAGUGCAGCUACUCUAACAGAGGUGCCUGGAGACUGUAUUGGUGGGUGGCCCCAGGAGUCCUCCAGGCAGGCAGGGACGGACACCGUGAGAGACGCUGCCUCCCCCAGCAUUGCCACCACCAUGGCCAGGGAGCAGCCCAACGUGGGGGACCUCCUCCCACUCCUGGAGACCUCCGACCUCCACCAGCUAGAAGAGAUCAGAGGCCUCAUCAACGAGCAGCUCAGCACCGAGCGAGGGUCCAUGCUGCUGAACGGGCUGGUGGACUACUUUUUGGAAACAAACUCUGGCCAGGCCAUGCAUAUCCUCUCCUCAGUCAGAGAGCCACACGAUAAGCACCUUCUGGACAAGAUGAACGAGUGUAUGACCAAACAGGCCUGUCGGCUGCCCACCCUCACCCUGCUCGGCCAUGUAAUCCGCAAGCAGCCGUCCUGGAUUCACAAGAUUGCCCGAUACCCUCUGCUGCUCUCGCUGCUCAAAUGCCUAAAGACGGAUACGGACGUAGUGGUGCUGAUAACUGGAGUGCUGGUGCUGAUCACUCUGCUACCCAUGAUCCCUCAAGCUGGGAAACAACAUCUGUGGGAGUACUUUGACAUCUUCGGCCGCCUGGCAUCUUGGAACCUUAAGAAUCCUGGGCAUGUUUCCGAGGUUUACCUAAUCCAUCUGCACGCCAGCGUCUACUCACUCUUCCACCGUCUCUACGGCAUGUACCCGUGCAACUUUGUGUCCUACCUGCGCUCCCAUUACAGCAUGAAGGAGAACAUGGAAACUUUUGAGGAGGUAGUGAAGCCGAUGCUUGAACACGUUCGUAUUCACCCAGAACUGGUGACAGGAACCAAGGACCAUGAGCUUGACCCCACCAGGUGGAAAAAGUAUGAAAUCCAUGAUAUCGUCAUCGAAUGUGCCAAAGUGUCUCUAGACCCCAAGGAGGCGUCGUGUGAGGAGGGCUACGCCACCAUGCCUGAAAACUUUUACCCCCAAGUCCACUUGCGACCACAAGACUGCACUUCCAGCCCCUACACAGACCUCCACAGCAGCUACGGAAGCUCUUCUUCGACCCCGUUCUCGACUCCACGGCAGCCGCUACCCCCGCCCCUGUCCUUGCCCCCCUUCUCAGGGACACAGCCCUCUUACCGCAGCCCACAGACCUCCAGACGGCAGAACUCCACCUGUGAACUCAACUCUUCCUGUGGGGGGAAGGACCCUCUGUGGAGCCCCUCCUCGUUGUGUGGCAUGGCCACGCCCCCCUCCUCCAGGGGCAUGUCGCCCAACUUGGAGCUCUCCCACAGUGCCUCACACCUUCCCAGCCGCUUCCACUGCACAUCAGGAGGAAAAGGAACGCCUGCCUCCAGCACUCCAGCCACCUCUUCCCCACCUCCCACCCUAUCAGAUGACUUCCCCAUAAUCUCCUUACCAGCCAACACAGUCCAGUCCAGUCCACCAAGAAAGGAUCGUCGACAAGGAGAAAGCAGCAAGCCGGCCCUGGUGAGACAGGAACAAGUAAAAGAUACAGAGAAGAGUGCAGAAGUAGCAAACAGAGAUGCAGGAGCUGCUGAGAAUGUCUCCAUGACUUUGACAGAGCUGUCAGUCUUUAUGAAGAAACAGGAGCUGGAGCUUCAACUGAGAACAGAGAAAGAGAGGGAAGAGGCUGCCAUCACAGAGGAGCUGCUGAAGAUCACUGAAGAUAAGCAGGAGCUGUCGAGCCUGAGGGGCUUCGACUCGCCUUUCUAUCACACUACCGAGACACUGACUGGCUGCCAGGCACCAGACAAGACCCUCUCCGACGCCCAGCAUGGAGGCCCCAUUCGGGACACCCACCAUGUCGUAUCGACGCCAGACAAAGCUGAGAACACUGCAAGUACCAGUGGCGUUGGGAGUGAAAAAGGAGGAGGAGCGGGAGGAGACAGCAGGAGUUCAGCCCUCGGCCUCGAGCAGUCCUGGUCCUUCCAGUCAGGUUUCACCCCCAUCGAUCAUCACCUGCACCGGAGCCCCUCUGCCCCGGACGAUGAGGUGGGCAAGUUUGGGAUGUUCUCGCCGAGUCCGUGCAGCAAGACCCCGGCCCCGGUGCCCUAUGAGUCAUUCUUUGACCUGGCCCUGCCCAGGGCGGCCUCGCUCUUUGUGGGCCAGAAGACGUCGGAGGCGGUGCACAAGGCGGCAAUGGAGAGGUUGUCGCAGUGGGAGGAAGGGUUGGAGGACGGGGAGGAGGAAGGGGUAGUGUCUGCUUCACCACUGGAGGUGCUGGAUCGCCUUGUUCAGCAGGGGAGCGACACCCAUGAUAAAGUGCUCAAGAGAGCCUGCCUGGGUAGUUUCCAGUCUAUUACUGCAGCCGAAAGGAAACACCCAGUUGAGAACAAAUUACCUUUGCCAAGUAAGUCAGCUGACUGGACGCACUUUGGAGGCUCAGCUCCACUGGACGAGCUUCACACGCUGCGCAGCCAGCUGCUCCUGCUGCACAACCAGCUGCUGUACGAGCGAUACAAGAGGGAGCAGCACGCCGUCCGCAACCGACGCCUCCUCCGACGCAUCAUCAACGCCACUGCACUGGAGGAGCAGAACAACGCCAUGAAGGACCAGCUGAACCUGCAGAGUGUGGACAUCUUGUCUUUGAGGGAGAGUCUGCAGGUGGAGCAGCAGCGGUACAGACAGCUGUGGGACGACCGGGAAACAGUGGUGACCAGGUUGCACAGUCAGAUCAGACAGCUGCAGCAGGGACGAGACGACUACUACACCAAGAACCAGGAGCUCCAGAGCAAGCUGCAGGAGUGUCAGAAAAGGAUGGAUGAACUGGAGGCGGAGCUUCAGAGGGCCAACAACAAAGUCUGCCACACUGGUCACCUCCUCAACCAGAUGACUAUUAAGCUGAGCAACAGUGAGAGCACCCAGCAGCAGAUGAGCUUCCUGAACAAGCAGCUGCUGCUCCUCGGGGAGGCACAUAAGCUGUCCAUGCAGGAGUUACACCACACAGGCGCCGAUAAUACAAAGGAGGCCCAGAUGCUGCAGCUGUCUUAUGAGAAAGAGGUGGAGACGCUGAAGCAGAACCUGCUGGUUCAGGGUCAGAAACUGGAGGCAGCGCAGCAGAGAGUCUCCGAGCUGGAGACGCACCUCUCCAAGAAGGAACACCUAAUCGUUGAGCAGAAGAAGUUCCUCGAGGAUGUAAAAUGUCAAGCAAAGGCUGAGCUGCAGGCCUCAGACAGCAGGUAUCAGACUCAGAGGAGAAUCACUCAGCUGCUGCAGACUGAACUCCUGCAGCUCUACAGCAGAGUGGAGAUGGAGGCUCCUGCCAGCACUGCCACCAGUUCACCACCAGGGGGCAGAGCUGUCAUGGUGCCAGAUGGACCAAGUAAAACUCACAGCAGUGAGGAGGCAGACAUUAGACCACCACACGACUCCCCACGGGGGAACGGCAGCACUUUAUCGCCAGGGCAACCAAAGGCGAGCAACUCUUCCAAGACAACAGCCAACUCCAUCAACGGCAGCCAGGACCUGGCCCCGCCCCUGCUGGUGGAGCCCUCCCUGUCCUGUCCCCACGCCAACUCGCUGGCACCCCAACCCCCCUCUGACGCGCCGCUCACCGUGGGCUCCUACCCCAGCGCCAAGAGCUUCCUGGGCAUGAGGGCGCGCGAGCUGUUCCGCAACAAAAGCGAGAGCCAGUGGUCGGGGCGCCCCCGGCAGCAGCAGCUAAAGAUCAUGGACUAUAAUGAAACACAUCACGAGCACAGUUAG